CGGGACACUCAGCUGCUUUUUCCUAUAGUGAGGGAAGUCUGGUUUCUGUAACCUCGUAGCUGGUCUGCUCCAGUCUCGCACUAAAGGGGAAAUCACCCUGAGUUUCUCUUGGUUCUUUGUGGCAGCAGAAUCCACUAGCCAACAUGUCAAGCAAAAAGGCAAAGACGAAGACCACAAAAAAGCGUCCUCAACGGGCAACUUCCAAUGUAUUUGCUAUGUUUGACCAGUCACAGAUUCAAGAAUUCAAGGAGGCUUUUAACAUGAUUGAUCAGAACAGAGAUGGUUUCAUUGACAAAGAAGAUUUGCAUGAUAUGCUUGCUUCCUUAGGAAAGAAUCCAACUGAUGCAUACCUAGAUGCUAUGAUGAAUGAGGCUCCAGGUCCAAUAAAUUUCACCAUGUUUCUUACAAUGUUUGGUGAGAAGUUAAAUGGAACAGAUCCAGAAGAUGUGAUUCGAAAUGCUUUUGCUUGCUUUGAUGAAGAAGCAACAGGAACCAUUCAGGAAGAUUACCUGAGAGAGCUACUGACAACAAUGGGGGACAGAUUCACAGAUGAAGAAGUAGAUGAGCUGUAUAGAGAAGCGCCUAUUGACAAAAAGGGAAAUUUCAAUUAUAUAGAGUUCACACGUAUUCUUAAACAUGGAGCAAAAGACAAAGAUGACUGAAAGGAAUCUCAUAUCUGUCAGUUACUCUUGAUUCGCUUAUGUUUCAUUCCAAGACUCCUUUUUUUCCUGAUAGAACCCGAUGCAUACACUUAGCUUCACAGCCUCAGCUUUUCCUUAUGUAUUUAUUCCAGGCCCUUCUGCCAUAUGUGUUUGUGUAAUCAUACUGGAAAUGGGGAUGAUGUUGCAAAUUGUUUUGAAAAGAGUUUGAGAUUUAAAAAAAAAAAAAAAUCAAUGAAUGUGAAAGCCCAGAAAAAAAAAGAAUCUCAAUAUUUCUGGUUUUGCUGGAUUUUUACAUUUUUAUAAUAUAAAUGCUAUUUUGAAAUAAAGAUUAUGUCAACUCAAAGUAAAACAUGGCAAGUUAAACAGAUGUGUGGGGUGUUUUGGAAUUAUUUUUGAGAGAUUUUCAACUUUUCAUGGUUCAAAUCACGUGGUCAAGCUGGUUUGCCUAUGUGAAUAUUGAACAAUGUAUAUUUGGACUUUAAAUAUCUUUUUAAUAUUAAUGUAAAGUAAAAACUGUUAUGCCUACUUGGACUUUUGUCAUGCUUUUAGUUAAAUUCGCAUUUUAGAUUAUUACAUAAUUAAAUUUUUCUUCAGAAGAUGUUUAUUUAUUUAAAUUAUUUUAUCAUUUAAAUUUAAUCCCAGUGCAGGAGGAAAAUACAUAGGGCUCACUCAUUUUACCCCCAAGCCCUAGAUGACCAAAAUACAUACCCAUUGAAAUGAGAACUCUUUCAGGGCCAGUAUGCUCAAUCCUAAUUUAAGUGAAGAAUGUAUAGAUCAUUAUUUGUGGUACCUGUUGGUUUAUUCCUAGAUAUCUGGGAGCAGAAACCGUUUCAGAUUAUCUCACAUGUGACUAGAAAUGAUACUGGCCAGAUUGUGGCAGGAAAAGUAUGUUGCCUUUUAAGUGGUCUCUAAGGUGAUAAAAGUAUAGAUUGAAAUCUUACUACUUAAGGAAAAAACCGGAAAAUCAUGACCAAAGAACUUGAUUACCAGAAUUUUUUACACCAAAGUAACCAUUGUGAUAUAAUGAUUUAAAUCUUAUUAACAUUUCCUUAUGAACCUGCAAUCAGUAUUGCUCCGCUUUCUCAAAGAAAUAAUUUGUGUUUAUAUGGAUACACACAACUGCAACUGAUAAAUUAGAUAUUAUUAAAGUAAUUGUAUUCAUGCAAGGGAAAGGACAUCACACAUUUCCAUUGCCUCAGGCAGUAAUAAUAUUGUAUGUAUUCUGCUUUUAGACCUGACCUGUGUCUGGGGCAGUCCAUUAUAAGACUUAGGAAGAUGCUUUGAUUCAGCCAGUGGAAGAGGUGAGGGAUUCCAGACAAUAGCAUAAGAUUGUAGACAAUAAUCAUCAGUAUAAUCAUUAGUUCUGAUAUAUUCUUUAGUAAUUUGUAGAGAAAUGUAUACAGUUUCAAAAUGCGGUGUCCAUGACACAGGCCUACUUUUAAGAGCACAUAUCAAACACUUCUCAAGUUGUAGAGUGAUCUUAACUACAAGUCAGAUCUGUUCAGAGGAAAGGAGUCACAAAGGAUAUGAGAGUUAUGAUAAUGGGGACUUUUGAUAGCAUAUCUUAGUGUUUUACAAUCUUCUUCCUAAGAAUGUUAUUAUUUUUUUUUAAUUAAAGCCAUAAUUUCAUUUUGUUAACAUUGCCUUACAAUUGUAUCAUUGUUUACAAAUCACUUUUGUAUAUACUGUUUUUUCCUCAUAACUGAGGAUAGGUUGAAUAAGUAUUACCAAGUGGGUUGAUUGGUUGGAGAUUUUUGCACAAAUUUACUGUUAUUAAAUGGCAAACCACUUAUAGUUCAAUACAGAAUUGAUUUCAUUCCUUAAAAUGCUUAGAAUCCAGACUGCCACUUACUGGCUGUGUGACUUAAAGCAAGUCAUUUUGCAUCUUGGCCUCAGUUUCUUUAUCUAUCAGGCAAGGAAACUGACUAGAUGAUUUUCUAAGGUCUCAUAUGCUUUCACAUUCUAAUUCUAUUAAUACUUAAGAAGAAAAAAAACCAUCUUAAUGGGGAAACACUGCCUUCCUGUUAACCUUCCUCCUGUCACCUUCCUCCCACAGUUGUAACUUCAUUCUUGUCCUCUCUAGAACUUGACGUAAAAUUUUAAGUAACUCAAAAUGUAAAAACUCAGCAAAACCUGUUAAUGUGAAAUUUUACAUUUAAUUUAAAAAAUUUAAAAACACAGCGAUCUAUCUUGUAAUGUUUUGUUACUGUGUUUUUUCUUCUUGUCCCUUGUAAGUAAUGUGUGGAAGGAGGGGAAAUUGAUUAAAAUCAAAUUCUGUACAUUACCUGCCAUGGGAUCUUGUGCAUCUAAGGUGUGUAAUAAAUAUUAUUGGCAUGAGA